UUACCUGAAACGAGACAUGAGCAGGAAAGUUGCAGGCCGGCGGCACCAAGUCGCGGAGGUGGCGGGAGGUAAUGGACAAACCCGCAGGCCCUCGGCCUCUCACGCACAGUCACUCUCGACGGAACAACAGAACAGCCAUAGUCACAAUCUUCAACUGAACUGCCGGUCAUGGUUCUUCAAUAUUUGUGAGCAACCACAUAACAGAGAGCUUUCAAAAUUCACUUGGACAAUGACAAUAAAACAGCCUACAAUAGAGCAGAGAGAGUCAAGAUGGUUGGUGGGCUGCCUGCUACAUGCUCCUCACUUACUAUGUGGACAACAUCCUGAAUCUGACCACCCUGAGAGGUUGUCUGACAUCUCCAAACCCUUAGAUUGGUGUCAGAAACCAAUCUAUGUACUCAGUACCCUGACUGACGAAGCCAUAGAGAACCCCAUCAUUCUGCUUCUAACUGUCAGCGCAGAGUGUUGCAUCACAUUAAAGCAGGAUCCACCAGCAGAAAGUGAGCUGUCAGAGCUGAUGGGAGGGACUGCUGGAGCUGGCGAGCUGACGUGUUUUCCUUGGUUGUGUAACUUUGGAAGUGACUCCUGUAUUUAAUGCCUGAGUGAGACCGUGCGGAGAACAACUUAUUCACACUCACUGACAGCAAGCCUCGCCUCCGGACCCUCCAUCGCCGAGGUCAGAACAUGAAAGGCUUGAACGGGACAGCCUUGAACCUGUACAGCUCAGGGCUACAAUUGCUGCUGCUGGCCGGGACCCUCGCACUGCAAGUGCCCCAGGCCCUGGGCUAUUUCAACGCCAAGGCAAUUGCUGGGAUGGCAGACCAGAUCAGAGGCACUUGGCUAAAGCUGAGACCUACAAUGCUCCGUCAGAACGUGCCCGGGAUCUUCGCCGUCUGUAACAUACAACCAAGCUCUGACCUGAGCGCCGAUCAGCCCGCUAUCAGCGGCACAAUCCUCUUCUACCAAAACGUCCCUGGUAGCAACCUGGAGGCAUAUUUCGACUUGCAAGGCUUCCCGCUGAAUGACUCGCAGUCCGAGCGAGCGAUCCACGUUCACCAGUUCGGGGACUUGAGCGGCGGCUGCGUGAGCACCGGACCCCACUUCAACCCGUUCGGCGUGGACCACCCGAACCACCCCGGGGACUUCGACAACUUCAAGGUGAGGAACGGCAGGAUCACCAAGUUUCUCACCAAAUCGAAGGCCGACCUGUACGGAAUUCACACCAUCGUGGGCCGCGGCGUGGUGGUCCAUGAGGGCAAAGAUGACUUGGGGCUCGGAGGGAACCCGGGAAGUCUCGAAAGUGGAAACUCCGGGAGAAGGCUGGCCUGCUGUACGAUUGGACUCAGCAAUGGAAACCUUUGGAAGCGAAUGGUGCGCAAAGAGUGGAGCAACUGAUCUGCGUUGGACCAGUUCGAUUUAUUCUCCAUGUCACCGUAAACAAAAUAGAAGCUGCAUUUGCAGCAACACACACAGCUUAACUUGAUACAUAUCAUUUCAUUUAAUCAGCAAACGCUAACAAUCUUAGUAAAUAGUGCUCACCUUCCCGAUGUAGGCACCACAGUAUAAUUGUCCUUUUAAUCCUACAACGCAUCCGGCAUCAUUUACAGCACAAAUAAUAAUUUUCACCUUUUAACCACGUGGCAUCGCUUGUCGGUGUUUUGUCCUAUACCGCGGUAAUGGGUAGACGGCAUGAUUAGAAGAAACAGCAAGCCAAGAUAUCUCGAGUUUCAGUUAUCGUUUAUUAUAAUUUCUGCCGUCACUUUCUACUAAGUUUAUUUGCUCUCUUCGUAACUUUCACGAGUUAUACCAAACGAAUCUGUAACGUAGAAGAGCCGAUACACUGAAAACAUGACGUUGGCAUCAUCCUCAAUUGGGCAGGACUGCCUUGAUUAAGUUUCAAGAAAUCGUUGAAACCGCACGGAGUUAUUCUGCGUCUCAGUUUGGAGGCUUGUUUGAUUAAAGAGUGUAUAUCAGAAAGUUACAUUCUAAGAUGCUUUUGAAGGACUCCGUCAGCCAUAUUUCAAACAUAACAGUUCAUAAGUCUUUCCCUAAUGUUUUUAGUUUAGAUGCUCAAGUGACAAAUGCUAGAGCAUACAAAUUUUAAUAAAUUGAUGAUCUUGCAACUUUACUUUGCUUAAUUCAUUUCGUUGCUACAAAAAUGUUGCAGAACUGUAGUAGAACAUUGAUCAGGAUGUUCUGACUUGUACAAAAAUAAAUUCUGGGAGGGCAAACUUUUACUUUUAUCUCAUUGAGUAACUAAAGCUGCUUUAGGGAAGUUUGCUGUGUGUACUUGCUUUUGCAAUGAGAGGUUAUCAGAGGCUGUUAUUGGAGUGCUGUUUAAAUGGAUGAUAGAGAACCUUC